GCCACAAAAUAUAUUUCCUUUUUUAUGUGUUUCAGAACUUAAAGCAAAGUUGUAAACCAAUAGGUUACAGAUUGGAUGCAAAAUGCUGAAUCUUCGUGACUUCAGUUAUCUGAACCUCCUGAAGCCUGAAUGCAGUCAGGUUCCCCCAGAUGUUGCCAUUAAUAUUCAAGAUGGUCAGGGAGAUCCUGUAGGAAGUGUUAAAGCCCACAAGUUCUUUCUUUCUCUUCUCUCCCCUGUCUUCAGAGGAAGAUUCGAGAAAAACCCAGAUUUGAAAACCAUUAUGAUAAUGGGAUCAUCUGUAAAGAGCAUCGACACUCUGAUCAGGUUUCUCUAUACCGGAGAUAAAACCCUGAUAUCCGGGUUGACAAGUGUUGCAACUCUGUUCGAGAUUCUAGUUCUAGGAGAGAAGUAUCAGAUAUCAGGGUCAGAGAGUAUGAUCCAGGAUAGAGUUAAAGAAGUCAAAAUCUCAGAUUACGAGGAAGUGUUCAGUGUGCUCAAGAAGUAUGAGAAAGUAUCAGUGGUCAAGGGUAUCUGGGAUAUUCUCAAGAGAAGAACAAUUUCUCAACUUCAAGAUAGAUAUAACUCAGAAAAAGAAGUCCUAUCUCUUCUGAAAAAGGUUUCUGGUCCUAAGAGUGAAGUGUCUAAGUGGACGAACAUUAAGAUUCUUCCCAACCUUGUUUUCAAGAAGAAACCGGAAUACAAGAAAUCAAAGUUAGAGGUUUAUCCUGAGUUUGAGGAGGAAGAGGAAGAAGAAGAGGGGGAAGAGGAGGAAGAGGAGGAAGAGGAGGAAGAGGAGAAUAGUUCUGAUAAUUAUUGGUCUAAGACGGAUGAGUCUGAAGAGGAUGAAAGUAAGACGCUGGAGAAGAAAGCUAGGAAGAACUGCACAAACUGCGAGGGAACUGAUCAAUGUUAUGAUGGAGAGAAACUUGAAGACCUACGCCCAGGAAUCCGUGUGAAGACGCAAGUUACAUGCUUAACUGAAAAUCUCGAGGAUUGUAUACGAACCUUUUACUACAAAGGUCAGACCGGUGUUAUCAAGUCGAUGUAUUAUUCUGGUCGUGAGUUCUGUGUGAGAAUAACUUGGGAUCCCUGGGGGGAGAACGACUUUCACCUUGAUUCAGACACAAACUAUGCAGGUGCUCAAGCUGAGGUAUAACUGUGGAUAAAAGACGACCUCAUCCAGAAGCAUCAAGAACCAAUGGGUUUAAUCUGAACACCUUAGACUGAAUUAAGACAUCACACCCUAUUGUUUUUUUUUGGUACCUGAUGUAAAUUCUAUGAGUAAAUUUUUUUUUCAGA